AUGUGUGAAUUACAGGACCUGUUAAUUCUUCUUGAGCCCAUGUAUCAUGCGACUACAAUGUUGUCUUCAUCUACAUAUCCUACCCAAGAUGACUUGCGUAUGAUAUUCUAUGCCCUUAUCAUACAUUUAAAUAAUAACAAAGACCCAGAAAUUAAUUCACAACACGCUGUAGCUAGUGCAAUGAAAGUAAAAUUUACAACAUACUGGGCUCACCUAAAUAAAUCUUUAACAAUUUUGGGCCUACUUGAUCCAUAUAAUAAACUUUUAAUAUAUGAUGUUUAUGAACGUGAACAAGCUAUCAAUAAACUUUAUGAAAUAUACAAAAUGUAUAAAACAACUGAAAAAAAUAAUGAAAAUAAACCACUCUCACCUGUCACUACUAUUACUAAAUCAAGAUACGAGCUUUUUUAUAACCUCAACAAUUGCCGUCAGGUUAACUUGAAUCAAUGUAAAAUUGACAAGUAUUUGGCCGAUCCCGAAACUGAAGCAGAACUACUUCUUUGGUAG